AUGGGACUCCGCCUCCUCGCGACGACGCUGGCGCUGGCGACCGCCAAGCAGCUGCCGUCCUGCGGCGCCUGGCAGCCGACGGGCCCGGUGGGCGGCCACUACAACACGAGCGCGGACCUCUCGGGCGCGAAGCUCAACGUGCACCUCGUGCCCCACACGCACGACGACCCGGGCUGGCUCCGCACCGUCGACGAGUACUACACGGAGGAGGUCGACUACAUCCUCGAGUCGGUCAUCACCGAGCUGCUCAAGAACCCGACCCGGCGCUUCAUGUACGUCGAGCAGUCGUUCUUCCAGCGCUGGUGGCGCGAGCAGACGCACGAGAUGAAGACGAUCGUCAAGAAGCUCGUGAAAGAAGGUCGCUUCGACUUGUCGGUCAACGGCGGCUGGGUCAUGCACGACGAAGCGACCUGCCACUACUCGGUCAUGGUCGACCAGACGGCGCUCGGCCACGCCUUCUUGCUCCACGAGUUUGGCGUCAAGCCGCGCAUUGGGUGGCAGAUCGAUCCGUUCGGGCACUCGUCGACGCAAGGCUCGCUCCUCUCAGCCGGCGUCAACUUUGACGCGCUCUACUUUGCGCGCAUUGACUACCAAGACUACGAGAAGCGCAAGGCCAACAAGGACCUCGCCGUCGCCGUCGCGCGGCGAAAGAUCUUUACGGGCAUGAUCCAGGACGGCUACGGCGCGCCCCGCGAAUUCCAGUUUGAGGAAAACGCGCCCAUCAAGGACGACCCGUACCUCCACGACUUCAACGUGUGCAACGAGGUCAAGAUGUUUGUUGAGCAGAGCCUCGAGCGUGCCAAGCACACCAAAGGCAACCAUAUCUUUUGGCCGAUGGGCACGGAUUUCACGUACCAGAACGGCCUCAAGUGGUUCAAAAACAUGGACAAGCUCAUCCACUACGCCAACCAGGAAGGCCGCGUGAACGUCUUCUACUCGACCCUCGGCCACUACACGGACCUCAAGCUCGCUGACAAGUCGCUGCAGUGGUCGACCAAGACGGACGACUUCUUCCCGUACGCCGACCGCGCGUUCGCCUACUGGACGGGCUACUUUACGAGUCGCCCGGGCCUCAAGCGCUAUGCGCGCGUUGCCAACGGCAUCCUCCAGACCAUGCGCCAGCUUGAAGUGCACUCGGCGACGUCGUCCAAGCUCAUGCAUUUGACGGCGAGCGUUGGCGUCACGCAGCACCACGAUGGUAUCACGGGCACGGAGAAGCAGCACGUCUCGAACGACUACGCCCAGCGGCUCUCGGAAGGCCUCGCAUCCGCCGAGACGCAGCUGAAUCAUCUCCUCGGCGCUUCGAAAUCGCCUUUUGCAACCUGUCUUUUGGCCAACGUGAGCCUCUGCGAACCUACGACGUCGGCGGCCGAGACCUUCGAGGUCGUCGUGUACAACCCGCUGCCGUUCGCGCACACGUUCGGUGUCUCGCUGCCGAUUGAUACGCCGAGCGCAGACGUCGCGCUUGCAUCGACGAACGCGCAAGUUCCGUCGACGGUCGUGCCGUACGUGCCCGUGCAUGUGGACGCCGAGGCCGCGCCGCACACGCUGCUCUUGCAGGCCGACGUGCCGGCGCUGAGCCUUCAGCGCUUCCGCGUGACCAAGACCAAGGCGGCAACGACGUCGACGGCGGCCGACGUCUCGACGCUCGAGAACGACCACAUCAAGGCCACGUUGGAUGUGACCAAGGGCAGUCUGGCGAGUCUUUUGGACAAGGCGACCCAGACGCAGGUCUCGAUGGCGACCAAGUUUGGCUACUACCAGUCGUACUCGAACGGUGACGACGUCAACUCGGGCGCGUACAUCUUCCGCCCCAACACGAGCACGCUCCAUGACUUUCCUUCCGUGUCGAGCCAUGGCUGUGACGUCGUGCCGCUGCUCCAGUCGUGCUGGUUCCGCUUUGGCAACAUGGGCGUCCUCAGCUACCAGCUCCGACCGUGGGACACGUCGCUCGUGGUCGAGUGGACGGUGGGUCCGAUCCCGAUCGACGACCACCAAGGCAAGGAAGUGAUUCUGCGCUUCGACUCGAACGUGGCCUCGAACAAACGCUGGUACACGGACUCGAACGGGCUCGAGUACGUGGAGCGCGUCCGCGACUUUCGCGAAACGUGGAACCUCACGCUGCACAACGACGAGGAGCAUGUGGCUGCCAACUACGUGCCCAUCACGACCGGCGCCUACCUCCGCGACGACAAAGUCCAGCUCAACGUCCUCACAGACCGCGCCCAGGGCUGCGCGAGCCUCAAAGAUGGUCAACUGGAUGUGAUGGUGCACCGCCGCCUGCUUGGUGACGACCACCGCGGUGUCGACGAGGCGCUCAACGAGACCGAAACGAUUCAACUGACCAACAACCAGCCGCGCAUCCAAGGCCUCACGGUCCGCGGUCAGUUUUAUCUGAGCGUUGGACCGCAUGAAGCAGCGAUCGAACGUCUGCGCACGACGACGUAUGCGCAGUUUGUCCCGCCGCUCGUGGCCCUCCGCGCCGGCUCGGGUGGCUUUGUCGAGAUGAAGCCGCUUGGCGACCUCAAGUGGCCGGCCAACAUUGGUCUCACGGCGCUCCACUGGGCACACCCGCACUGCCGCCUCGUGCGUCUGAGCCACCUCUUUGCCAUUCACGAGCACUCGGAGUGGUCCAAACCGGCGUCCGUGGAUCUGCUCCAGCUUGUGCCUGGCGCAGAGCAUGUCGUGGUGAAGGAGCUCACGCUCUCGGCCAACGCAGUCAAGGGGCCGUCGCCGACGACUGUGACGCUCCAGCCCAUGCAGGUCAAGUCGUUUGAGCUCUGCGUGGAAGGCAAGCGUGCCCCGGUGUACGACGCUGGCCGCGCGUCGCUGGUCGACAGUCUCGACUUUUAG